GCACACGCACCGGUAUGGCGGUACGGAGACAGGCCUUGGUAUUGCUCCUGCUGCUGACGUGCAUGAUUCCAGCGUUGAUACUGCGCGUGGUCGGCGAGCUGCUGUGCUGGAGAGCCGAGCGAGACCAGGCCGUCAAACUCGACACGGCAGCUGUGGUUGUGCGCCUGAUCUCAGGUCUCCUGUGCGCUGCGGCUAUCCGGCACCAGGGCAAGCGACGUGCCGGAGACGUGCGGCCGCCCCGCUGGCUGCGGCUUGCCGCGCUGUUCGAGAUGCUUCUUUACGCGGUGUCGUACCUGCCGCACCUGCUGAAGACGUUCAUCCUCAACGACCAGGCCACACUGGCCGGACUGCUGAUCCUGUGCAUCGACUUGCGCCCCGGCAGCACUCUGUCGCUGCUCCUUCCAGUCUCGUGCAUCGCCGACUACGUGGGCGUAGUGGCAGCCAGCAGCCUGCUCUGUUGGACGGCCCUCGAGUUCCCGCGCUCCGGUCCGCUGCUUCUGGUUUGUGCCGCAAACAGCGCGGUGGGCAUCACGGUAGCGCUGCGGCAAGGUGUCAUGGCCGUGUCGGUGCGCGGCUUCCUCUGGGGCCUGGUGCUCUCCUCACUGGCGCAACUGGCACACAGCCUGUGGCUUCUACUGUUGCUGCUGCUGGCCGCCGACGCGGCCGACACACCUGCAGUGAUAGAACCUGCAGUGUGCAACCGAGCACGUGGUCCCGUGGCCAGCACCAAGAUUCAGGCUCUCAGGGCCCGCGCUCAGGGUUGCGUGGACCCGAGGCCCGACGCGAUGGGCUUCUUCAAGUUGGACCGCCGUUGGCUCUUAGAACUGCUCGGCGCCGCUUUCAACCUUGGCGUCGUCCUCUACCAGCUGACGAGACCCCUGUCAGAGACAGACGCCCGAAGAGCCCUACUCCUCAAAACGGACAGGGCCAAGGGACACUGCGGACCACGACUCGGCUGCGCGUUUUGAUUGUUUUUCCAAAGAUCAUCAAUAAACACAGAGAAGUGGGGGG